GAAGUCCUCCAGCACAGCUCCGCUUCUCAGAUAAGGUUCACAGCUUUGAUCGUCCACACUCGCACAUACCAAGUGGAACGAGGGGGAAGUAACCACAGACAAUAUCGCGCGACGUGUUGGGGGUUGCGUGCUUCCUACCGCAUGGGACGUGGUAUGGGUUACUGGACACCGGACUUUAUCUAUGAUUAUUACCAAGUGGAAAAUUAUUCUAAGGGCAAGAAUGUGGAGGAGCCACUGGACCGAGACAGCAUCCCCAUCCCAGAUCUUCCAACUGACUUCAUUUGGAUGCAGACAGGUCUUCUCUGUGUGCCUACAAUAGCUGUGAUAUUGGAUUUUAAGGUGAGUGGUGGGAGCAAGAUGCGAAACCUGCUUGGUUAUGCAAUGAAAGCAUUCAAAGAAGAUAGAGCAAUUGUAUGGAGUGGAUCAGGUGCUGCAAUGGGUAAAGCCAUCAGCUGUGUGGAGAUCAUGAAACGGCGAUACAAACAAACACACCAGUUAACCAAGAUAUGUUACCGCAAGGUUGAAGAAUUUUGGGAGCCACAGUUGGAAGAACUUGAUCCAUUGGUAGUAGUGAGAGAGGUGCCUACAAUUCAUAUACUACUGUCAAAAGAUCCACUCAAUUCUUCUUCUGAAAAGUGA